AUGACUGAAACCCUCAACGGGGAAUUGGUAGCGGGAUCUGGUAACCCAGCUCCGCUGAGCCCUGCCCUGCUGCUGUGCUGUGCUCGUGGUGUAGUGCUUUAUGGCAGCGUGGAGAGAAGCAUGUCUGCCUUCGCUUAUUAUCAGUCGUUGGCAAAGAGCUCAGCACAGACACAGGUUUCUGCUGCAGAAGUGAAGAAGAAGAAGAAAAAGAGGAAAAACAAUGAUACAGAACCAGAAAUGAAAGCCAAGAAAAAGAUUAAAACUCUCAACAAAAAGGCAAAGGUGGAGGAGAAUUCAGAAAAGGCUUCAGCUGAGGAGCAGUGUCCGUUAAACGGACUUGGGCCAGUGAAGGCUGAGAGUCUUCACACAGUCCUUACCAAUCUCAACAAAGUCAGCAACAGCAGAGAGAGAGCCAGCAGACUCUUCCAGUGGAUAAUCCAUCCUCAUCCGGCCAAAACCUUCUUCAGGGACUACUGGGAGAAAAAGCCACUUUUGAUCAAACGACAGAACCAAGAGUAUUACCAGGGACUUUUCUCAACAGCGGAGUUUGACAAAAUUUUGAGAAAUGAUAAUGUCCAGUUUGGGGUAAAUCUAGAUGUAACCAGCUACACAAAUGGCAAAAGAGAGACACACAAUCCUCCUGGGAGGGCCCUGCCAUAUACUGUGUGGGAUUUUUAUGAGAGUGGCUGUUCUCUCAGGAUGCUCAACCCUCAAGCCUUCUCUUCCACUGUAUGGAAUGUUCUGUCCAUCCUGCAGGAAAUGUUUGGCAGCAUGGCAGGAGCCAACGUAUACCUGACUCCAGCAGGAACACAAGGCUUUGCUCCUCAUUAUGAUGACAUUGAAGCAUUUAUUGUGCAGUUAGAAGGGAAGAAGCACUGGAGAGUGUAUAACCCACGGUCUGAAGAUGAAACACUACCUCUCGUGUCAAGUCCUAAUUUCAGUCAGAAUGAGAUUGGAAAGCCCAUAUUGGACGUGGUUCUGGAGGCAGGUGACCUGCUCUAUUUUCCACGGGGUUUCAUUCACCAAGGCAACUGUCUCCCAGAUGCUCAUUCUUUACACAUUACCAUCUCCUCCUAUCAGAGGAACAGCUGGGGUGACCUGCUACUUAAGGUGAUGCCAGCAGCUUUGGAAAUGGCGAUGGAGGAGGAUGUGGAGUUUCGAAAAGGGCUGCCGCUUGAUUACCUUUCCUUCAUGGGAGUUCAAAACUCUGACAAGGAGGAUCCACGCAGAGACAGAUUUCUUUCCCACAUGGACGGCUUAAUGAAGAAGCUUGUGUCUUACGCUCCAGUGGACGCAGCUGUGGAUCAGAAAGCCUUGGGAUUCCUUCAUGACUGUCUACCACCCAUGCUUAAUGCAGAGGAGAAAGCCAGCAGUGUGUAUGGAGCUCCUGCACGGUGGGAGGAUGGAGAAGCUGUGAAUGUGACUGUUCAAAUGAAGGGUCAGACCAAAAUCAGACUCAUCCGGGCAGGGGUUGCUAGGCUGUGUGGUGAUGGUGGAGCCGUUCACCUUUACUACACCACUGAGAACUCCAGAGUUUACCAUCAACAAGAACUCAAGAGCAUGGAGAUUAAAGAAGAGCACACAGAUGCCCUGGAGUUCCUCAUUCAUGCUUACCCAAAGUUUAUCACAGUCUCCAGUUUACCAUGUGAUACAGAAGAAAACAAGAUAUCACUGGCAGAGUCGCUGUUUGAGAAAGGAAUAAUCCACACAUCUGAAUCUUUAAAGGCAAAGUGAAAAGUUAAUUUGUUGAUUAUUAAUGAAAUCAUGUGUGAUCAUAUACAUGUGUUCUCUGUUCUGCUUUAUACCUGUCUACAUUAUAGAGAAAUAAAACACUGCCAUUUCUCACAGCAAAAAAUAAAAUAAAAUGACAAAAAACA